AUGAUGGCCGCCCACAACGACAUCGCCGUCGCGCACGACGCCCCAGGCAUCGAGCCUGUCGGGGCCGAAAAGGAAAUCCUCAAGGCGCCCUCGGUCCAGGACAGCGAGGUCCUCGAGGGCACCUCGACCAAGUCGAUCGAGAAGCCCACCGACGAGGAGCUCAACAGCCUGCGCCGUGUGUCGGGAAAAAUCCCCUGGAUCAUGUGGACGAUUGCCUUUGUCGAGCUGUGCGAGCGUUUCUCAUACUAUGGGUCCGCCGUCCUGUACACCAACUUUGUCAACCGCCCGCUGCCUCCGGGCUCCACCACGGGCUCUGCCCCCGACGGCCUCCCCGGUGCGCUGGGACUGGGCCCCAAGGCCGCCCAGGGAAUCAGCUUGACCAACCAGUUCUUCGCUUACCUGACCCCGCUCAUGGGUGCCUGGAUUGCUGAUGCGCGAUGGGGUCGUUACUGGACUCUGCAUCUGGCCAUUGGUAUCUGUACCGUUGCCCAUACUGUCCUCGUCGCCUCGUCUGCGCCCAGCGUGAUUGUCAAGCCCGACUCCGCCCUCGCUGCGUUUGUCAUUGGCUUCCUCACCCUCUGCGUCGGCAGUGGUUUCUUCAAGGCCUGCGUCGCCCCCUUGCUCGCUGAACAAAACGAGGACGACCAGAUCCGCGUCGAGGUGCAAAACGGCGAGCGCGUCAUCGUCGACCCGGCCAUCACCAACAGCCGCAUCUUCCUGUGGUACUACUUCUUCAUCAACGUCGGCUCCCUCAGCGGCCAGAUCUCCAUGGUCUACGUGGAAAAGUACGUCGGCUUCUGGCUCGCCUUCCUCAUCCCCACCGUCCUCUUCCUCGUCGCCCCCUUUGUCCUCUGGUCCAACAAGAAGCGCUACCGCCUCAGCCCGCCCACCGGCUCCGUCCUCUCCAAGUUCUUCAAGGUCGUCUGGUUCGGCAAGAAGCGCUCCAACGGCAUCCGCAACUUCGACUGGGACACCGUCAAGCCGUCCAACGUUCCCAUCGAGCAGCGGCCCAGCUGGCUCACCUACGACGACGCCUGGGUCGACGAGAUCCGCCGCGGUCUCAUGGCCUGCAAGGUCUUCCUCUUCCUCCCCGUCUUCUUCCUCGCCUACAACCAAAUGACCGGCAACCUCACCAUCCAGGCCGGAACCAUGGAACUCCACGGCGUCCCCAACGACAUCAUCCAGAACCUCAACCCCAUCUCCAUCGUCAUCAUGGUCCCCCUCAUCGACAACCUGCUGUACCCGGGUCUCCGCAAGAUCGGCGUCGCCUUCACCCCGAUCAAGCGCAUGACCACGGGCUUCUUCAUGUCCUGCGCGUCCAUGGUCGCCUCCGCCGUGAUGCAGUACUACAUCUACAAAAAGUCCCCCUGCGGCUGGCACGCCAACAAGAUCCUCGACGACGGCACCCCCUGCGCCCCGGCCCCCAUCAACGUCUGGGCCCAGUGCCUCCCCUACAUCCUCAUCGGUCUCUCCGAGAUCUUCACCAACGUCACCUCGUACGAGUACGCCUUCUCCAAGGCCCCGCUCAACAUGAAGUCCGUCGUCAUGUCCGUCAACCUGUUCAUGAGCGCCAUCUCCGCCGCCAUCGGCCAGGCCUUCACCCCGCUCUCCGAUGACCCCUUGCUCGUCUGGAACUACACUGUCAUCGCCUGCAUCGCCCUCGUCGGCGGCACGGCCUUCUGGUUCUGCUUCCGCCAUCUCGAUACCGAUGAGGAUAAGUGGAACAUGCUGGCCAAGACCAAGUUCAUUGGAGGGAACCAGCCCACUGCUGCGGAGCUGGACAAGGUUCGCGAUGCUUGA